CUGGCAGUGGUAAACAGACGUCAGAAGGGWGUCUUCGCCUCGAGUCAAAACAAAACAAAACAAAAAAAUAUAUACGAUGACUGAAUAUUUUGACAUCCAUAAUAGACACAAGUCGAGCAAAACUAUCUACUGAAAGGGGCAAAUUCCAAAGGAAGGUACUGAAGGCAUUUUUCCGACUUUUGAAAGGAUUUUAAACUCCGAAAUAACUGGAGUUAGCCAGCUAGCUAGGUGGCUAUUACGCUAUUUCCACAACUACGUUUGGUGUGUUGAGAGUGCAGCCGAUGUGUAAGAGAGUAAACUUCAAGAAACCGUGGAUUCCGAACCGUGCUUUAACGUGUCCGGGGGACGAGGACUGACUCAAGUUAGGCACAUUCUGAAGGUUUGUGCCCGCGUGAGCAUCGUGUGCUGCCGCUCCUCGGCGUAGAGAAACAUGGCAGAUGGCGACACGCGCUUGCCCACAAUGUGGAGGAGAGUGCAAACCUGAAUCAGAAAACCACGGACUUUCUGAUCGAUUGUUUUCCUCAAAUUUUUGUUACAGACCAUCAUGAUCAAACUGUUCAGUAAGGUUUUGCUCWCAACAUUUAUUUUUGUCAGUCGACUUAAAUUACUAAACUAGCCAAGUAAUAAUGCUGUAGCGGAAAGAAACGAKAUCCAGCARAACAUUACUGUUUUGACUUAUUUUCAGCAGUAAACGUGGCAUUGGUUAGAUAAUCAAAUAUAGCAUACUUUUUACUUGAAAUAUUGAUCAUCUUAUUGCUWUAGCUCCAUGAAUCCACAAAGUGACAUUGUUUCACAGGUAUGAGUGACGGCUAGAUGUAUUGUGUAUUUUGUUAUCAAUUAGUUGUUGUUUACAUAUAUAUAUAUAUCACAAUUAGAAUUGUGAUAUAAAUAUUGUAACUAUAUAUCUGCUCCAGUAUUCUAUUGAAGCGCGAGGUUAUUUCUACGUGCGAAGGAGCGAAACGGCACGUUGUUUACAAGGGCAGACCGAGGCAUCGUUAAAUUUAGCUAGUUGAUCAUUUGUAACGAACGCUCUUUUGUGACAGUGACCCACUGUGUAAUCCUAAUUUGUGGGUUCUUUUCAAMUAUAUGUUCUUGAGGGCGACUCUAUUUUUAUUUUAACUCAAAGGGCAAUAUUAUUUUUUGAAGGAAGACGCAAUAAAUAAACAUUUAAAUUUAUAGUGUUGUUAUAGUUUUAAUUUUAUAGCUACUUUCCCUUUAAUUAGGUCACCUUUUCACAAACUUCGCAUAGAUUUACAUUGUCUCAAUAUUAAAACUACAAACUACCAAAACUAAACUGAGACGUUUUUUUAUUAUAUAUAUAUAUAUAUAUACCCCACAGCAACGUUUUACCAUAACACGUUGUGGGCCAUCAAUUGCAUUGUUUUCUGAUUGCAAUCCAGAUGUUUUGGUGUGCAUUCCUCCCUGAGUUCCCUUUGUUCUUUUAUACUAACAAAGGAACCCUCAUCACAGCCUUUCUUUGCUCUAUGUAAAUCGGAAGGUUUAUAAUAGUUACUAUUAAGGAGAUUAUUUGGGUCCCCUAAUCUCCAAUCUCAGGAUUAACGGACGCUAUAUUGGUGUAURCAGAUUGUGUCUUUCUUCUACAAGUCCCCUUAAUAGAGGAUGGAAAAUAUAAUUUUUUUGUACGAUAGUUUAAGUUUAUAUUGAACUUUUGGUUAUACAAUAAUUUUAUUAGACAAUCUAGUUUGAACAUAGACUCAUCAGAUAAUAAUAAUAACAAGCAUUUCGCUACACCGGCAAUAACAUCUGCUAAAUAUGUGUAUGUGACCAAUAACAUUUGAUUUAAUAGGCCUACAUUUUGGUGUGCCUGUUAAAAACACAUGUUGACAAACCUCCCCAGAUUAUAUAUUUGUUUUAUUUUUUUAUUUAGUAGAGAUUAUUCAGUCUGACUAUUAUUUAUUUUGACGUUUUAUAUUUUAAGUAUUAUUUCAUAGUAGUCAACAUUUAGAAUAGUUCAGAAGUGAAGCAAACCUUUUGUGGAAAAUCUCUUACAAUGGAGGAUUCAAAGGUACCCAAGAUUGACCCAGAUUUUGAGCCGCAAAGCAGACCUAGGUCGUGCACAUGGCCGCUCCCCAGACUCGACAUCUCAGCUGUUAAACCGGAGGGGGCAGACGGACCUGAAUCCGCUGCGGGAACCCCGCCCGCCGACGAGGAUAAGCAAGAGCAACAGCAAAUCGUAUGUGAGCCUGAGAAAGUUGUGGUCUCAGAGGGAGGAGUUGUAGCCGGAGUGGGUGGAGCCACGCCCCGAAAGGGAUCAUCCCGGCGCAAUGCAUGGGGGAACCAUUCCUACGCGGACCUGAUUAGUCAGGCUAUUGAGAACGCUCCAGAGAAGCGCUUAACCUUGGCACAGAUAUAUGACUGGAUGGUGAAAACCGUGCCUUACUUCAAAGAUAAAGGAGAUAGCAACAGCUCAGCAGGGUGGAAGAAUUCAAUUCGCCACAAUUUAUCACUCCACAACAAGUUCCUGAGAGUUCACAAUGAGUCCACAGGCAAAAGUUCCUGGUGGAUGCUCAACCCAGAGGGGGGCAAGACUGGGAAAGCCCCCCGGCGCCGUGCUGCCUCCAUGGACAACAGCAGCAAACUGCUAAAGAGCCGGAUGCGGGCCAAGCAGACCAAGAAGGCAGCAGCAGGCUUGGGUGGGACCACCGGGGGAGACGGCGAUGGCGURGCAGACAGUCCCAACUCCUCCCAGCAGUUCCCCAAAUGGGGGGUGAACAGCGGCAGCCCCUCAUCCCGCGGUAGCCUAGACGACCCUGACAUGUGGACCAGCUUCCGUCCACGCACCAGCUCCAACGCCAGCACCCUGAGUGGCCGGCUGUCCCCCAUUGGUCCCGGCCAGGAGGAUGAGGAUGACCUGCCUGAGGAAGGUCUACUGGGCUACUCCACGGGCAACCUGCCCCCCACCCUCACCGAGACACUCAUGGAYGAGCUGGACCUGAUCGAUGGCCUGACGCUGAUGACAGAGCAGCAAGYAAGGGCUAGUCCCAGCACGGCCCCCAUGGUGCCCCCCACCCCUCUGCCCUCCGCUUCCACCUUGCUUCCCCGGGGGUCCGGGUUCCCCACAUUCCGUCAGCUGCAGCCACCCAACCUCUCUCAGGCUGCCAACCAGAUCGMGGGACAGUCCUCAGGCACACAAUCUGGCAACAAUAACAACUCCAAYCCCUCAAACUAUGGCAACUCCCUCUUCAACCCUAUGCCUACCCCCGGCUCCCAUGGGACUGGUCACUAUGGCACCCAUGUAGCCUCCAGCUUGGAGGCGUUGCUCACUUCGGACUCCCCGCCUCCCAGUGAUGUCAUGAUGACCCAGGUGGAUCCGCUGAUGCCCAGUCCGGGUGGAGUGGGGAUGAUGGGCAUGGGGGGGCCCAUGGUGGGAGGGCGGGCCAAGCCCAACCAGCUGUUGCUGGGGAAGGGGCUUGAGCCCAACACUGUGGCACCCAUGGGGAUGCAAUCUCAACUCCAGUCCCAGCUCCAGCAGCAGCACUCUCAGCUGGGCCUGGGCAUGAGCCUGUCAGGCAUGACCCAGGACUCUCCACAGUACUCCGGCCUCAAAGCCCAGCAUGCACAGCUGCCAGGUAUGGGGCUUCACCACGGAGGGGGCCUCUCCGCCAAUGCAGGAGGAGGUCUGCCAGGGAUGGGCCAGUUCGGAACGCCGAGCUGCUUCCUGCCCAGUCAAGACCGCUUGCCCACCGACUUGGAUAUCGAGAUGUUCACAGAGAACUUGGACUGUGACGUUGACUACAUCAUCAACAGCGACCUCAUGGAUGGAGAGGGCAUCGAUUUCAACUUUGACCCCAUAAUCCAGGGAGGGCAAAGCUACUCCGGCCCUGCGACCACGCAGAGCUCCGCCCACAACUGGGUACCCAGCUAACUUUCCAGCAACCCUUGCAGUGUUAGCCAGGAGAUUAAUCAAGAACAUCAWGAAGUCAACAUUUGUCUUUGACUCUUUGUUGCGGGUAAGGAUCCCCAAUCACACAAAAACUCAACGACACUCACAACAAAGAUCACAUCUGGUGCAUUCCCAUUCCUCGUCUCCCUAUUGGCUGAAGAUUUGAAGCAAUUUUUUAAAACCUUUGCGUUUGUACUUUUGAGUUUUCUUUGGAUUUAAGGACGAAAKCAGACCUCAGACAUCCAUGUCACGUGCCAAUACAAGUGGAUGGUCAGGAGAUCCACCAUACAUGAGACCCCCCCCAGACCCCCUAGUAACACUUGCAACUUUUGGGGAGUUUGCCGUAUGUAUUUUCUUGGAGUGUUUUUGAGAGAAGUAUGACAGAAUUUAUUUAGAGUAAAAAGACUAAACACAACAAACAACUCUAAACUACUUGGAGUUAAUAUAACAAUGAAUAUUAUUACUAUACCAAAGUAGUUUUAGGAUUGAUAUGGUACACCUCAUUGAUGUCUUUGAUAUUGAAGGUAAAAUGGACGGGGCACACAGGAAAACAUGGCCAGUUUUCGUAUAAAUUGUAGGUGGUGAACGAUUACCGACCACCACCAACUUAGACAUAAAAUGAAGCUGCUGCAUCUGUAUAUAUGGAGGGAAUGGGGUUCAAACACAAAAACACUCCUCUGUACCUUCCUCAAUGAAAAUAUUGAGAAGUUGCAGCUGGACUAUGGACGGGUUGGUUGUGUGGCAACAAAACCAACGUGUGAGCCACUAUGGGGCAAAACAGAAAGGGUUGCAGCUCGGUGGGCACAGGCCCAUCCAAUCAGAUUGAGAGAAAAAAUAAAUGAUAGUAAUCGUAGUUUUACCUAAACAUGCAAACACCAUUAGAUAGAAUUCAUAGCAAGCAAUUUUCGGUCAGUUUUGUUGCCGACUAACCAACCCUCAUUAACCGGUCAACAAAUGGUUACAUUUUUUCCAAACAGUAAAAUGACAUGACCAACAGAAAAUAUCCUACUAUGCAUGCAUACAAGGAACGGACAUGUUUCAUUCUGAACUUAAUGGAAACAUGCAACAACAGCAAGCCUAURGUAUUACAGUCAAAAGGCUAUAAUGUAUUUUAUUGAACGUUCAAGUCCUGUAAUGAAGCAGCUAAUAAAACCUCCAUUUCAAACAUUUGCCAAAAUGCGAUUCGCGGGAAAACACCGUUCUAAACAGCACACCUAAUGCAAACGGUUCCAUAUGUGACAGAUAUGAAACUUAGAAAGAUAGGGAAUCUAAUAGCAACAACUAAGAUGGUUUGCUAAUAUGACUAGGAUUGUGUCUUUGGGUUCUGGACAACGAAAGAAAGAUAUGAAAACCAAUAGAGCAAUAGAAAAUGAUGGUUAAUGGCAUGAGGAAGUCUUUAUAAAAUUAUAUUUUCCUCCAUGUUUCUAUGGUUGGAUUUUGGCAAGGCUACUUUGAAGCAAGGUAAGACACGCCUCAUUAUUUAAAGUAAAACGAUCAGGUUUCAAACAAUUAUGCUGCCUCAAGCUCACAUUGUAAAGUGGUGGGUGACGCGCUGAUAGCCUGCCUACCGUUGACUAUAGUCUGCCUACUGUUGACUAUAGCAUAUGCACUCAAAUGGCGAAUGGGAGGUGCACUUGAAUUAUGAGUUGAAUUUGAGAAAUAAAAAUUUAUAUUUUUAACCGUGGUCAUCAAAACAGUUAACACGCAAUGACUGGGCUUAUAAAAGCAUAUUUCACUCCAGUGCCAGCUUUUUGAGGAGCUACUCUCGUGCUGUCUGACAGGUGGUAGGCUAUUCUGCUCCUCAAACUAGACUGUAUGCUGUGCUUGUGAUAACUAAGAUGCAUGACGACUAACAAAAAUACACACACCAAUUUAAUUUCGCAAAAUUAUGCAAAGGAACCUAUAGACCUAUAAGCAUGACUGGUCAAAUGUAUUUUCGGUGGCUAACCUAUUAACCGUUAACCGUUAACAUACCUACAAGAAGUGCACUGGAAUGACAUUCAGAUGAACUGGAAUGACAUUCACUCUCAUGGGAAGGGUGGCCAAAAAUAACUAACUGAAAGCCACACUCCCAAUAAGCCAUGAAUAUGACCGCAUUGAGGCAUAUGUCACUGUGCUUCUAUGGCUAUAUGCACUAUAUAAAUGCACCAUACCACUGCCUACUUUGUUCAUUUAGCAAACAAGACCGCUCAUAAUCCAGUGCCUUUAUCACAGUCAAUACACAUAUUUGAGCUUUAAAAAUGCUAAUUUUUCCUCUGCCUCAUGACAAAAU